CGGAGCGUGGUUCCGGGUUUCACACGUGAUUUUCUCAAACCUCUAAUACAGCGAAAUAAAGGUGGAGAUGUCGUCUCUGUCUCUUCAGUUGAAGCGUUUGGCGCUGCCUCAGACUGAUCCAAACCUCUUCAGCAGGAAACAUGUUUCAUCUUUACUGUUCGACCCUCAAGAGGCGGCGACGCUCGACCGCGCCACCGUCCACGCCCUCGGCUGCACGGGGCUGGAGGAGCUGUCGGGCAUCGAACCGUCGCUCUCUGAGUUUCAUCAGACUCUGUUCAGCGACGCGUCCGUGACUCUGGAGCGAAGCGUCCAGACCAAAACCGUCAACGCCAAACUGGACGGAGACAUCGAGGCGUUUCUGAGGCGCGUGUCGCCGUACUUCCUCCUCCGACCCGCCCACAAGUGUCUGGAGUGGCUCAUCCACCGGUUCCACAUUCACCUGUAUAACGUGGAGAGUCUUGUGGCCUGUGUUCUUCCGUUUCACGACUCCAAAGUUUUCGUCCGAGUGAUUCAACUUCUGCAAAUACAAGAACCGACCAACAGGUGGCACUGGCUCCACUGUCUGCAGAAGCCCGGUGUCCCUCUGUCCAGACUCACUCUGGUCACUCACUGUCACAAAGACCUGAGCUUCAUGGACUUUAUCUGCAACAUGGUCUCCAACUCCAUCCAGGCGUUCUCGUCGUGUCCUGGAGGUGGUGCGUCUCAGCUCAGAGUGGUUUUCUCGUUUUUCGCCUCGACAAUCGUCUCGGCGCUCGACUCAGCGGAAAAGAUCACAGACGCCAUCAUCACCAAACUCCUCCCACACGUGCAGAAGGGUCUGCGCUCGUCUCUUCAGGACUUCCGAGCGUCGUCCCUCAUGAUCCUGUGUCAGCUCUCGGUGAAGGUCGUGAUGGAGAAGGUCUUGGUCCAGUCUCUGUUCUCGGUCCUCUGCAGGUCCCUCAAAGACCAAGUCCUGGUCCGAGAAGGUCUGGGGGCUCUGAUAGUCCUGCUCCAGAACCAGGACCACGCUGAACCUACUCACAAGUCUUUGUCUCGUCUGGCGUCGGUCUCAGAUCUGGUUUCUUGCCUGGAGUCGAUGUGUCAGACUCAUGACGUGUCUCCACUGCUGCGCCACCUGCUGCCGCACCUCCUCAACCGCACCUUCAGCACAGGUGACUCUGUUGAGGCGAGUUCUUCUGCUGAGCUCCUGCAGAACCUCCUCACACGUGUCCCUCUGACCUCUGACCUCCAGCUCAGCCUGACCAGUCUCCUGGUGGACCUGUACCUGUCUCAGUCUGGACUCUGUGCGGACGACCUGGAGGACUUGAACCGUCGUGUGCUCCCAGUGCUGCGUCUGCUCGAGUCCAGGUAUAACUCGUCUGUGGACAGAAUUCUCUCGUCUCGUGUCUCUGACCUGAGCGACGACCAGAAGCCUCUGUUCCACCAACUCCUGUCUCUGUCGGCCACCAGCGGGAAGUUCCAGGUCGUCGGGGACUUGGACUCGUCUCUUCUUCUGAGUCUGAAUCAUCCUCAGGCGUCGAUCAGAGUCAUGGCUCUGAACAAACUCAAAGACAUCAUCACCAGCGGAGAGGAGGCGUCGGUGGAUCACAGUUUCCUGGAGUCUUCAGUGUUUGAUCGUCUCCAUGACGACGAGGCCCCAGUCGUUUCUGCGGCUCUGGAAAUACUACAGUUGUUGUUGGAGCGUCUGGACCCUGAGGACGUCGUCUCGUCUCUCGUGUCUCUGCUGCUCAGAGCUCAAGAGAGUCACUCCCAGGACUGGUGUCCCGUGCUGUCUGAGGCCGUGCGUCUCCUGUCCAUGCCCGCCGGCGCCGCCGCGCCCGCCCCGGGGCAGUCCGCCACACACGAGCGGCUCUUCUACAGGCUCCUCCCCCUCGUCGUCCCGUCAGGAACCAGAGACUCAGUGUCGUUUAAACUCAGUCUGAGUCUGUCCCAGAGUCCAGUCGUCCAACAGCACCUGCUCACCGCCGGGUGGGCCGCAGACCUGCAGGAGGCGCUGGGGUCCGGUCCAGACCAGGGUCCAGACCAGAUCUUGGUCCUGGUCCAGACUCUGGUCUCGACUCUGAGCAGGAACCUCCAGAACAUGGACACGUUCAGCCGACGACACACGAUGGACGCCCUCUGCUCUCGUGUGGAGCUCCUCUCUGAGUCCGGUUCUGGUCCAGACCGGACUCCGCUCCUGGUCCUGCUCCAGACUCUGGUCUUGGGUCUGAAGAAUCUGAGCGACACUCACCACCUGCUGACGGCGCAACGCCUCCACAACGUCAUCCAGCGCCACCUGCAGGACGCCCGCCUCAGCCAGGAGCCCGUGAGCGUCCCGGCCCUUGGUCCCACCCCCCUCUUCUCUGAUUGGCUGGCUCUGUACCUGCGGGGGAGUGACGGACAGCUGGAGUUCAGUCUGGUCCUGGUCUCGGUUCUGGCCCAGUUCAUCCAGGAACUCAAGAGUCCAGACCAGGUCUUCAAAGAGGAGGAGUGGUGGAACCCCGAGCGUCUGGACACAAACACCUGUUGUUACCUGCAGCUGCUCGCUCAGGUGUUUUCUCUGCUGAUGGGCGGAGCGUCGGACGGACCAAUCACAGCGCAGUACAGACCUCUGCUCAAGCUCCUCUUAAAGGUGCACCUGGACUCUCCGCUGCUCGUCUUCCGUUUCCUGUCGCUGGUCUGGAGCGGCUGUCUCCACAGCGACCAGGUGGAGGGGCGGGGCCAGAUGCGUCUGGGGGCGGUGCUUCAGCUGCAGGCGCUGCUCAUGGGCGCCGCCCUCCUGGAGAAACAGAACCCCAAACAACUACAGGAAGUGAUCCUGAAAACGCCCGUCUUGGCGAGCGUUCUGGUCGUUCUGUCGUCGCCGCUGCGUGAGGUCAGGAGGGCGGGGCUUGUCGUGCUCAGGAGCCUAUCAAGAGCUGCCUCGUCUCCGUUCGGGCCAAUCACGUCGCAGCUGCUGAGGUCGGGGGAGGAGCUGGAGGCGGACCCCAGUUACCUGAGCCAAUCGCUGGGGGCGCUGUACCAAGACUCCGCCCACAAACGGGACGUGAGCUCCGCCUUCAGGACGCUGCUCCAGAGCGUCCAAUCAGAAUGCUGCCCCUCCAGCGCCGCCUGCAGCCUCCUGAGGGCGCUGCAGCACGUCCACGGGCAGGAGGUGCUGUCAGUCCUGCUGCCCGCUCUGGAUCGGUUGUUGGCCCCGGUUAGCCCGGAUGCCCCGUCACGGCUCCUGGACGAGGCCCGGCUCCUCGCUCUGCUCCUGGGGAAGUUCAGCCCCGCGGCGGCGCCUCUGCUGGUCACAGACGCUCACUGCAGGGACCUGUUCCUCCGAGCCAUAAAGACCAGACCGGACCAGAACCAGGACCAGGCCCCGAGUGUCCAAGUGUCUGCACUGGAACAGAUUUCUGGUGCUUUCUUCUCGUCUCUGAGUGAGGAGGUGCAGCGUCUCGUCCUGUCGGCCAUGUUUGACGUGUUAGAAAACGAACCGACCGCCGCGAGCGCCAACGCCGUCUGUAGUGUGUUUAAACAAUUGUCUGUAGACUCUGGCCUCGUGGCGUCUGAACUCUUUCCUCCUGAAAAACCCUCAGUUCCAGUUUCAGUUCAACAGACGAGACGCAGCAAACUCAAGUCCAAGAGUCAAAAGGUGGUGGACAGUGGAGAUGUGUCGUCUGUAGGUGGCGCUGUGUCGUGGCACAGAGUCACUCUGAUCCUGGAGCUUCUGCAGCACAAGAAGAAACUGAGUCGCCCCCAGGCCCUGAUCCCCACACUCUGCUCCCUCCUCCAGAGGCGUCUGGAGGCGUGUGAGGAGGAGCAGGCGUCGGUGGAGUACACCAAACAACUGCUGCUCAGCGUCCUACUGAGCAUGUGCAGAAAACUGUCCCCAGACGGUGCGCCCAUCCCCUCAGACGUGUUGGACCCAGAGCGCCUCUCGGUGGAGCUGGUGGUUCAGUGCAUCCGAUCGUCUGAAAUGUCCCAGACUCAUCAUCAGGCCCUGCUCCUGCUCAGCACCUUGGCCCCCCUCUACCCGGAGAAGGUCUUGUUGAACAUCAUGCCGAUCUUCACGUUCAUGGGAGCAAACAUCUUGAGGUUGGACAACGCCUACAGCUUCAGAGUCAUCGAGAAAACUGUUCAGAUGGUCAUCCCCGCCAUCAUCAAGGCUCAGGGCUCGGGUCAGGACUCGGGUCUGGACUCUCCUCAGGUGCGCGCCGUGGUCACGAGGAUCAUGCAGGUGUUCGUUCACGCUCUUCCUCACGUGCCCGAGCACCGCAGGGUCCCGGUCCUCCUGCAGCUCCUCAACACCGUCGGCCCCGAGCGCUAUCUGUGGGCACUGCUCUGUCUGCUCUGCAAGCAACACUCUACUACUGUUGCGAGUACUACUGCGAGUACUACUGCAGAGGAGAAGGAAUCGGCCCAGCAGCAGGAGUGGGACUUGUGGGUCUCUGUGUUCUGUGAGUUCGAGGUUAAAGUCCAGAUCCAGGCCUUGGUCCAGGUCCUGGUUUUCCUGCAGCAGCUUCCUCACGACAAAGACCAAGCUCCAGCGAAGCGUCCGUCGGGCCGCAGAGCCGCGCUGAAGCCUGAGGAGCAUCAGGAGAAGAUGGAGGAUCUGAUCUUCAACGUGGAAGAGCACAGCGCCAAAGAACUCCGCCAUUUUAAAUACCUGAGCGUGACCUUCAGCGCUCACCUGCUCGGAUCAGCACGAUUCAUCCACAAGGUCGUGGAGCUGGAGCGAGGUGAGGGCGGAGUCGAGGGCGGAGUCGAGGGCGGAGUCGAGGGCGGAGUCGAGGGCGGAGUCGAGGGCGGAGUCGGAGCGGUGGACCUGAGUCUCCAGCAGGAGCAGCAGAGGCUCCUGGAGCAGAUCUUGUGUUUCCUUCACUCUGUGGCUCAGUGUGUGGAGCUGAACUCAGACAAACCCACGGCCAAGUUCUGGAGAGUUCUGCUCAACAAGACCUACGAGCUCCUGGACAAGGUACACGCUCUGCUGCCCUCUGAUUCGUUCAUCGCUGUGACUCGGGGGCUGAUGGGAAAUGAAGUCUCGAACGUUCGACGAAAAGCUCUGGACCUUCUCAACAACAAACUGCAGCACAAAACCAACUGGAGCCCACAACAGGUGUCUCUCCUCCUCUCGCUGACCCCUGACCUCUUGACCUGCGUGACGUCUGGUGACCCGUCGGUGAACCGUCAGGCCGCUCUGUUCUCGCUGAAGCUCCUGUGUCGUCUCUUCGGUUCGUCGGCGCCGCAGUCGUUCGUCGCCGUGAUGCGGGUCGCCGUGGGCGUCGUCACGGCGACGGAGGAGGAGGACCGUAACGUCACGGCGACGGCGCUGCAGUGCGUCGCCGAGUGCGUCACGGCAACAAAGGCGCUCGCCAUCCCCCACCUGCCCAGCCUGGUCCCUGCCGUGCUCACCUGUCUGAGCGACAGGAGCGACCGCCCGUCCUCCGAGCUGUUCCUCCUGAGCGCCGUCACCGCCCUCCACCGCAUCACCGACACGCUCCACAACUUCACCUCCCCGUACCUGCACGACAUCACGGCUCAGGUUUGUCGUCUUUCGCGUCUGGCUGAAGUCUCCGCCCCCUCGCCGCUCCUCGCCGUUCGAUUGGCGGCGCUCCGAUCCACCAUCGCCACCAAAGUCCCACCCAGAGUCCUGUUGCCCACGGUUACCAAGUGCUACGCCCGACUGGUGCAGGACCAGAAGGAGCAGCUGGUGGCGCUCAUGAGCGUCCUGCAGGAGCACAUCAAACACAUGGACCGAGACCAACUGAGCCUCCACCAAUCAGAGCUCACCACCUUCUUCCUGACGGCGCUGGACUUCAGAGCGGCCCACUGCCCGGAGGACCUGCAGGAGGCUCAGGUGGUGGAGGGAGCAGUGAUCGAGUGUUUCGUGGCUCUGGUCCUGAAGCUUUCUGAAGUCUCCUUCAGACCUUUGUUCUUCAAGGUGCUGGAGUGGAGCAGGAGCGCCCCCUGUGGGCAGAGCGACCGGAUGCUCACGUUGGUGCGUCUCUGUGACUCUGUGGCUCUGAAGCUCAGGGGGCUGUUUGUCCUCUUCUCCGGGAACCUCCUCCCGCUCUUCUGUGACCUGCUGACCCCAAAGAGCGCUGAAGCUCCGUUGUUCCAGUCGGAGGAGAAGUCUUCUCUGUUGAUCUCGUUGGUUCUGGAUUGUCUCCAGAAGAUUUGCCUCUACGACACAAACAAGUUCCUGAGCCACGAGAAAGCAGAGGCUCUCAUGGGCCCCCUGGUGGACCAGUUGGAGAACACGUCUGGAGGUCAGGGGCAGUUCCGGCUCAGAUUGUCCCAGAGUUUGGUUCCGUGUUUGGGGCAGUUCGCUGUGGCUCUGGCCGACGACUCUCAGUGGAAAAACCUCAACUACCAGGUCCUGCUCAAGACCAGACACCCGGACCCCGAGGUCCGGUUCUCGGCUCUGUCGGUUCUUCUGGAGCUUUGUUCCAAACUCCGAGAGAAUUAUCUGCUGCUGCUCCCGGAGACGGUGCCUUUCCUCGCCGAGCUCAUGGAAGAUGAGAGUGAGGAGGUGGAGAAGGAGGUGCAGAGGGUGGUGCAGGAGAUGGAGAACGUCCUCGGAGAACCUCUGCAGAGCUACUUCUGAAGAACCCGCAGAGGAACCCACAGAACGGACUUUUCACUGGAGAAACCUUUCAUAAAGAAAAAAAGCCCCUG